AUGAAUGGAGAAAGUUUGUACGAGAAGCCAGAUGAAGAGUUAGUUUUUUUCAAGACUGGCGAGGUUUUAUGUACUAUUGAUUUCAGAUCGUUACCAAAAUAUCAGAAAGAUUUCGAGCUGGCGCUGGAAAUCUUGCACACCACAUUGCGACCAAUUCGCCGACAACAUGUGAAGUGUAUGGAAACCUCAUAAACUUUUGCAGAAGUGAGUGGAUCCGUUUUUCGGGCGAACUGAUUAUCGAUUUGAGGCUUGAAUCUGGAUCCGCGGUUCGCGGAGACGGCCGCGAGAAUGAUGGGCGACUGUCUGAAGGCGUGUUCGGUGUACAAGCGUCGGAAGAUGGCGGAGCACAUGUGCAAAGUUCCGGUCGACGCGAAGGUCCUUCUGCACAGACAGUUCCUCGACUUCAACACGGCCGGCUUCUCGAUGGAGGCCACUUUGCAACCGCACAGAAUCACCAACACACUGAGAUUUGUGAAAUGCGGUCAGAUUUAGAGUUGGGCGCGACAGUUCUGGAAUUCAAUUUCAGACAUGCUGUUCCCGAUGGCCAUGGGAGACAAUACCAACGGGCGACUGGGGAUUGGUUCGGAGGAACCGAACAUUCAGGAACUGCAGUACAUCCGCAUCAAAGAACCGGUAAGAGCCGCCUUUACACGACCUGACAACCGUCGCAACAUCCAUUCAGAUCAUGCAAGUGUACUUCGGACCCUCGCACACCAUCUUCAAAACUGAAUCCGGCGAGUUUUACGGAGCCGGCAAAGCGGCGAACUUUCUCGAAGGACCCGUCGACGAGAGAACAAUCAUCUCCAGUCCGGUCAAGUUGGACUAUGUCAAAGCGGUGCUUAGAAUCUACUGUGAGUGCUUCUCAAUCCUCUCGAGUUUUUCAGAAAACGAUCAGAUGUGUGCUCGAUGAGCAUAGUACCAAGUUUCUGGAUUUCAAUACAAAAGGCAGUACGCUGGUGAUCGGAAGACUGGCCGCAAAGUUCGAGGAGACCAUGCACUCGUCGGGAAACAAUUGGAAGAUUAUCGACUCGGAGUGGGGUUCGAACGCCAAAUUCAAAAUAUAUUCGGUUGAAGUGAACACUGUGAAAAGGUUUAAAACUUUUGUGAGUUUCAACGACACCUUCUAAUGUCUAGAGCUCUUACAAUUCGGGCGGUUCAGGUGGAGGUUCGAAACGACAGUGUCUGGAAGUGUUCGUACAAGUACAGCACGUGGCUUCCGAUCGUGUUCAUCGUGGGCGGAAUGCGAGUGGACCCCGAGCGGAUGUGGAUGAGAUGGCAGGCGACGGCAGACGGUAUCUUGGCUUUUUCGGGAACAGGACAAUACUUGAAUACAAACAAUCGCGUUCAGGUACUGUAUACGCGUGCCACAGACGGACCUUCUACAAAGGAACGUUCCAACUGGCGCCCCAGAAAGAGACGUCAUUGUUCGGGAGGGACGACUCGUCGGACGAGGAAGAAGCGGUCAACCACGAGGACGCGAACAAAGUGCUGAUGGCCGUGCUCGAGGAGGUCGCGUUUCCGAUCGCAAUCGAAAAGUUCGAGUUGUGCCGCGAGAACUUUGCUCUGGUUCUGAUUGUGAGUAUUUUAAUUGCGUUCGAAGCACUUUUAGAGUCCUCUUGCGUUUCAGCCAACACCUCCAGGAUCGUCGAUCGAUCAAAUCCAGAGUCUGCCAAAGUUCAGUCCCCAUUCUCCGAUGCUGGUUACCAACUUUGACGAUAACAUUCCGGUGCACUUUUGCCACGCAACGAUUCUCGUCGAGGAGUUCAACAAGAUCUUCGCCGACCUUCCGCAUGAUUGGACCGACUUUGUGUACCUGGAAUCGGGAAUAACCGGAGAGCGGACCGAGUUCGUGCAGGCCUUGCUCAAGCUCAAGUACGUUCUGAAGCCGGGCAGGGAGAAGGGAAUCCCGGAGAUUCUGGAGAAGGCGUCGAGAUGA